CCCGGGCCCCGGAGGCGACACUGCGCAGGCUGUGUCUGGGCCAGGGGGCUGAUAUCUGGGCCUACAUCUUGCGGCACGUGCACAGUCAGAGGAGUGUCAAGAAGAUUCGGGGAAACUUGCUCUGGUAUGGCCACCAGGACAGUCCAGAGGUGAGAAGCAAGUGCUACAAGAUCGUCCCUCAUCUCAAAAGGACUUGCCCGUCGGAAAUCGGAGCUGGAAGCCACUGUUGCCCGCCUGCAGGCUGAGAUCCAGGAAUUAGACCAGAGCUUGGAGCUGAUGGAGCGAGAUACUGAGGCUCAGGGUGACCUGUGGGUCUGGGCAGAUGGGCAGGGGACACCUGGGUGGGAGUGGUGCUUAUGGUGACCAUCUUCCUCCCACAGAUGUUGCCAUGGAGCAGGCACUGCAAAACAUGCGAGAUACCCAGCGUCGUGCUUUCCUCCUCCGGGCCCAAGCCAGGGCCGUGCAAAGACAGCGGCACAAGCUCCAAGAUCCCAUACAGCGGCUGCAGAAUCAGCUCAGGCGCCUGCAGGACAUAGAAAGGGAUCCCAGCUCCAACUGCACUCCUCUCUCCAGGAAGGCCAAAGUAGAUGUGACCUUUGGACCCCUGACAUCAGCUGCCCUGGGCCUGGAGCCUGUGGUCCUGCAUGAUGUCCGAACAGUCUGCACCCUCCGGACUGAGUUCCUAGAGAACCUCCUGAUUCCACAGGCUAAAGGAGGCAGCGUCCUGACCCCUUGUGGUGACCACUUUGGAACCUCCUACCAGCAAUGGCUUAGCUCAGUGGAGGCACUGCUGACAAACCACCCUCCGGGCCACAUCCUGGCUGCCUUGGAGCACCUGGCUGCAGAGCGGGAAGCAGAGAUUCGGUCCCGGUGCAGGGGGGAUGGGCUCGGAGGUCUGGAGUUACCCAGGCCCCAGGCUCCGGACCAGUCAGACUCCAUCCAGGCCCUGCCGUCCAUGGUGCAUCUCAUCCAGGAGAGUUGGGGGGCUGUAGGUAUGCUGGUCGCCCAGCGGUGCCCCCUCCUGAAGGAGCAUCAAGUCCUGACUUGGCACCUCCAGGGCCUGAUGAAGGAGAUGGAGAGGAGUGCCCUAGGAUCCAGGGAGAGGCAAGCACUGGCACUGAGGCUGCGGGCUUGUGGGCUGCAGGCGGAGCUCAGGGCCCUGCGUGCCCAGAGCCAGGAGCUGGAAAAUGCAGCUGGACAGCGGCAGCUUCUGCUGCAGGACUUACAGGCCAAGCAGCAGCGGAUCCUACGCUGGCGCCAGCUUGUGGAGGAGACUCAGGAACAAAUCCGUCUGCUCAUCAAGGGAAACUCAGCCAGCAAGACCCGCCUGCGCCGGAGCCCCGGGGAGGUGCUGGCUCUGAUUCAGCAAAAGGUGGUCCCCACAUCUGAGGCAGUGGCACCCCAGAGCCAGGAGCUGCUUCGCUGUUUAGAGGAGGAAGCCCAGCAUCUCCCCCACCUUCUGCUGGGCACCCUGCUGCGGCACAGCCCCAGUGGGUUGAAGCACCUGCCCACGGUCUUACCAUCCAUCCACCAGCUGCACCCCGCAGCCCCCAGGGGCUCCAGCCUCCUAGCAUUGAGCCACAUGCUGGGGCUGCCUGCAGGGAAGGCCCCGGAGCUGCUUCUCCCGCAGGCCGCCUCUCUGCGACAGGACCUCCUGUUCCUCCAGGACCAGUGGAGUCUCCGGUGCUGGGAUCUGCUCCGCACAAAGACAGGACUGCCGCCUGGACCAUCCACCAAGGAGCUGCUGCAAAUCCAAGCAUCCCAGGAAAAGGAGCAGAGAGAGAGUCUUGGGCAGGCUCUGAAGCGGUUGGAAAACCUGCUGAAACAGGCACUGGAGCGAAUCCCCCAGUUGCAGGGAGCCAUAGGGGACUGGUGGGAGCAGCCAGGCCAGGCCGCCCUCUCCGAAGAGCGCUGCCAGGGACUGUCCCUGCCCCAGUGGCGGCUGCGCUGGGCCCAGGCCCAGGGGGCCUUGCAGCAGCUGUGCAGAUGAAGAGGGGUCUCAAACAGGAGUCAAGAUCCACAUUUGUUCACCCCAACACCCCACCUCCUCCAGUAGGAAGAAAGCAUCGUCUGAAUUUGUCAGCCCAUUGUCUCUACCCAUGCCUGCAGUCCCUCACACAGUUCUGCUGCUCUCCUCCAUUCUUUACCUCCUGUCCUUUGAUCCCAAGAGAAUGGGGUCCUCUGGGCCCCACCCUGGAGUACCUCUGUAACUCCCCUCAUCCCCUUACACAUUCAGCAGCAAAACAUAACUGAGCACCUCCCGUAUGCCUUAGGGAUACAUCACUGAACAAAAAUGCCAAAAAUUAGCAUUCUAGGACAGGGAGACAGAAUUGACAAGCAAAAUGUAUACUAUGUUAGCAGAUAAAAACUGCUGUGGAGAAAAUGAAACAAGGUGUCGGAAGCGUACUUUUAAAUAAAGGGCUGCACUGCAAAGGUCACAGCUCUGUAAAGGUGUUGAGAGGGGAGCCCUGUAGGUGUCUAAGGAAGGGUUCGCAGAUAAAGGCAAACCCUUUGCAUGUGCAAAGGCCCUGAGAUGUGAUGUGCCAAUGUGAGGACCACUGGGGAGGCAGUGGAGCUGGGGUUUAUUAGGAGGUGAGCUUGUCCUCGAGUUCUUAUAGUUUCUUUUUUUACAUUUAAAUCUCGGAGCCAUUUGGAAUGUAUCCUAGCAAAUGCAUCCAAUUUUGUCUUUUUACAUACAUCCUAAUAGCACUUACUAAAACACCCAGUCAGAACAGUGGUUUCUAACUUAUUUUCCCAAAUGAAACAAACUUUAUACUCAACAUGCCUGGUUCCAAAAGAAAGGAAAAAAGAGAAAACAAAAACACAGAGGGUGAUUUUAUUGGCAUUGCAGUAAAAACUUAGACAGACUUGAACCUUCAUGUUCUUCAACCUUGCUAUCCAACCUCCCUCCUUACAACCCCUCUCAGGCUGUAGAGUACCCGUAGUCUCCCAGUUUUCCUCUUACAUCCUGGCUGCUCUUUCCCUUUUCCAGUCUUUGCACAUUUGCUUUUCUCUGCACCACUCCAGUGUUCCCACAGCUGGUCCUGGCCGCUCCUCCCUGUCCUCAUCUGGGUUCCCAGCCCCCACCUCCCUUCUGAACUCCAGAUGUGGGACCUUAACCCCCUACCCUGCUGAGUUUUUCUCCAUAGCACAUCUUACCUUCUAGCAUACUGUGUUUUACUUUAUUCUAUCCCUCAGAUAGAACUGAGCUCCUUAAAGGCAAACUUUCCUAUCAUUCAAAAUUCCGAUGCAAUAAGAGGAAAUACUGAAAAUUUUGACUAUGUAAAAAUAAACUUUUGCAAAAAAAACAUGAGCAGAGUAAAAAGAAAUAAAAAAUAGGGAAAAGUAUUUGCAACUUCUAUAACGUUUAUAGGCAUAUGUACACAUAUAUAUGUGUCUAUACAUACAAACACAUAUGAUAUCAAAGUGGAAAAGAAAAAUCCCAACAAUUCCACAGAAAAUAUAUGAAUGGACAAUUCUCAGAAAAAGUGCUCAAACUCAAUCACAAGAGAAAAGCAAAUUGAAACUAUACCUUGGUACAUUUCCCACCUAUCAGACUUGCAAAAAGUAAACCCAAAAUUUUGACAGCUUUCUAUGUAGCAAGGCUAUAGGAAAAGGAGCACUCUGAUACUUAAGUAGAUGUGUAAUAUAGAACACCAGCUAUGGGGAACUCUCCAGUAAGAUUACAUGAGCAUUUUCCCUAUGCCCAAACAAUCCCAGUUUUAAGAAUCUGUCCCACAGACAUACUGGGUGAAAUAACAAAAAGAUGGGCUCUUCAUUGCAGCACUAUUGGCAAGUUGUGAGGCUUUGUACAAACAACUGGACCAUAUUCUUCAAAAGGUUGUCAGUCAUGUGGUGGGGACUAUUUUGGAUUAAAAGAGAUAAAGAGACAUGGCAAACAAAUGCAAUCCAGGAACUUGAUUGAAUCCUGAAUUAAAAAUUUUUUUGAAAGAUACAUUUUUGGGGCCUCUGGGAUAAUUUGAAUAUGGGGAAAUUUGUAUAUUAGAGAAUAUUAUUGUAUCUAUGGUAAAUUUCUUUGGUAGGAUGUGGUAUUGUGGUUAGGUGGAAGAAUGUUCUUAGAGGAUAUGUGUUCAAGUAUUGGGUGUUGUCUGCAAUUUACUUUCAAAUAGUUAAGGACAAAAGUGUAGCAAAACAUUAAAGAGUUGGUCAGUUCUGAUGAGUUUUAAGGAUGUUUAUUGAGGUGUUUUUUUUUUCAACUUUGCUGAAGGUGUGAAAGUUUUCAAACUGAAAAUUUGGAAAAAUUGUAAAAAGUAAAAGAGAUACUAAGUAAAUAAAAGCCCACUCAUAAAAAGAAGCAUGGAGGGAUAAACCAAAACGUAAUAAGAUUGGCCAUCAAUGCAGUGAGGGAGACAAAGGACGGGAAAGGGAUGGAAGCCAGACAUCUCUGAAUGUACAGUUUCAUUGUUUCAACUGGAAAUAUCUAAUUUCUUCCAUAAUUAAAAAAUUAAAUUGAAAGAAAGAAAAAUCAAAUCCCUAAAAAUUCAAAACAAACUAAACAAGUGAACCUAAACGAUAUCAAGUUAGUGGCACAGCCACCCAGAGAACAAUUUAAGUGACAAGUGAUACUAAAACUCAGUAUUUUGACUCAACACCUCCAGUAGUAUAUGUAUCUAUAUCUAUCUAUCUAUCUGUAGCCUAAGGGGGAAAAAACCUCUAAUAAAAUCUUAAACUGCA